AUGUUUUUGUCGUUGAAGAGCCGACAAGAUACAACGAACUCUGCUGUGAGAGUUGUUUUAAAUUCAGCAAAGCAUUCUCUAAUUGCGGUUAGGAUAAUUGAAAGAAGUCAAUAUGAAACAAAACUUUCAGAUGCGAAAUUUGACGAUAGAAGUCAGGAAUUUGAAGAAGUGGAAGGAAGACAAGACAAACAGAGACAUGAGAAGGCGUGGAUUGUUGGUGAAGAUGACGAGGCAGAUAAUGUAAGAAGUUGUAAACCAACAGUUUUCAAAUUUCAAGAUUUUAGAAAACUCAACAAAUUGAUUGACAUGAAUAGUUGUGAGCCUAAUAAAUGCAAAAACGGUGCCACAUGUAUUCCACAAGUCGGUCCUAAAUUUACCUGCCUUUGUCCUCCACACUUCACAGGACAAACUUGUGAAGCUGACGUUGAUGAGUGUUCUGUCUACAACGGAACCAUGGCUGGAUGUCAGAAUAAUGGAACAUGUGUAAACAGAAGAGGAGGGUUCGACUGUGAAUGUCAUUCUGGUUACCACGGCCCUCUCUGUCAAUAUCAUAUGUCAGCAUGCUCAAAAACUUUCGAACUCUGUGGUCCGCAUGGCCAUUGUAUCGAGAAUAUUUUAGAUACAACUAUUUCAUCUUCUGGUGAAGCGAACGCCUACAAAUGUAUCUGUGAUUGGGGAUUCAAGGUGUCAAAUGACAAGAAUAAUCCAACAUGUGUAGAUGUAGAUGAGUGUGAAUCGAAUCCUUGUCAUCCAGGAGUUGAUUGUGUCAACAUGCCAGGCUCAUUCGUCUGCUCCGGAUGUCCAGAGGGAUACAAAAUGGAAGGAAACUCAUGUGUUGAUGUUGAUGAGUGCCAAGGAGAAGUGAAAGUAUGCUCCCCGCUUGUCAAAUGCUUCAACACUAUUGGGUCAUACUACUGUGGAGACUGUCCAGAUGGUUACUCAGGAUCCGGAGAGACGUGUAGCAGGGAUGACGUCUGCGAAGAUAACAAAUGCCAUGAGCUGGCUACCUGUAAACCAACCGAUGAAAGUUAUAGUGCAGUAGGUGCAUACAUUUGUUACUGUCCCGACGGAUAUGUUGGUGAUGGAGUCGGAGAAGAUGGAUGUGUCAAAUCAAAAAGUACAGUAUGCCAGAGUAACGAAUGUUUCAAUGGAGGAAAGUGCAAGCCAACCAGUGCAACACAAUACCAAUGUAUAUGUGAAGAUGGAUUUUCUGGAAAGUUCUGUGAGAAGACGUCUCCGUGUCAAUCGAACCCUUGCCUCAAUGGAGGAUCGUGUGUUGUUGUGGACGAUUCGGCGUACUGCGAUUGUCCAGAACACUUUUUCGGAAGGACUUGCGCCGAAGAAGAAGAAUAUUGUGGAGCUCACUUCACCCACAAAACUGGAAACUAUUCGUUCACAUUCCCAGCUAGAAAUAAAACGGACCCGGCUAUUUGCGACUUUGUCUUCAAUAUUCCAGCAGUCAGUUCGGCAGUGAGAAUCAGUUUCACUUCUUUCGAUGAGUUCACUCAAGAAGGAGACACACCUACUGAUUGUACUACCACUGAUGGCAAUCUCACUCUUUAUGAUGGUCCUAAUGAUUCAUCUCCUGAAUUCGCUACAUUCUGUGGAGACUCUCACAGUGUACAUGCUCCACUCAGUGACAUGCCAAUUACAAUGACAUCUACCGGAGCUAUGAUGAGAUUCAGAGGAACUCAAGGAACGUUCAGUAUUGAAUGGGAGACCAUUGAAAGAAAGUGUGGAUUCCGAACUUCGAAACCUGAAGGAAUGUUAUCUGUACCACAAAACAAGCAAGACAUUGUCUGCGAGUGGUUCAUUUCUGCUCCUGGAGGAAAAGUAAUUGAAAUUACUAUUCCACCGAUCGUGAUGCACUCCAAGGAAAAUGAAAAUUGCGAUCAGAAUUCUUUAGAAAUCUUUGACGGAUAUUCUACUUACGACAGACAUCGUAUUCUAGAAUCAUGUUCAUCAAGCCUAGAAGCUCAAACUCUCAAAUCAACUGGGCCAUUCCUUUCUGUCUCUUUUGUCAGUAACAUGUUACAAAGUGUCAGUGGCCUUGAAACAAUUCGUGGCUUCACUUUGAAAUACAAAUUCGUCGAUCCGGAUAGAACAUGUGGAGCGGAAAUUGAUAAUGUUAACAAUGACUUCGACUUCAAUGGAGUUAUUGAAUCUCCCAACUACGGCAGUUUGUAUCCCCCAAAUAUGGAUUGCACAUGGAAAAUCAAUGGAACCUUGGGAAAUGGAUCUUAUAGUGGAGACAUGGUUUUGAAGCUAACGUUUGAGAGUUUCGAUGUGAAAUCUGGAUUCAGUGCGAAUGGACCUGGUGUCAUGCAUUACCGAUCCUUUCGUCGUUUGUAUCCAAUAGAUGGAGAUGUAGUCUUCGGUCGAGGUGGUUUGUCUAGAUUAAGUGCUUAUCGCAACAUGAUGGAAUUCGGAACAUGCACCAAUGACUACUUGAAAAUUCAUGAUGGAGAUGGAAACAUGCUCUCAGAAGGGUGCAAUCCCAGAAAACCUCCAAAUGAGCUGACUGUCACUAAUCCGGCGGCAGUUCUCGUUUUUCAUUCUGAUGCUGCCGAUCAAGGAAAAGGGUUCAGGGUUCGGUAUGAAAUGAUGUGCCAAAAACGGGUCAGAGGAAACGGAACGAUUCAAACAUGGAACUUCCCGAACGGAGGAGCUGCUGGGACAUGCACAUAUGUCGUUGAAGCGCCUAAAACUCAUGUUAUCAAUAUUCGAUUUUUGACAGUUGGCUUGAGAGUUCUUCCCAUGUCAGAGUGUUUCUAUGCACCAAAGGACCUUAGUUCAUAUGAAAAUUAUGUGGAGAGGGGCCCUCUAACAGCAAAGUGUGCGACAGUUUUUCUACUCUCUGGUGGUCGUAGUGACAACCUGUUCUUCAAUCGUCGCUAUGUCUGUGCUCGUUAUCCGUUCGUGGAAGGAUCUUGGCUUUCUGUAUCGGCAUCUCGUCCUUUGAAAAUUACAGUUGCGAGUGAUGGAAACCCUCUAUUUAAGGGCCUCAGUUUGGAAUACAAGACCACUGAUGUUGGUUGUGGUGGAUUAUUCUCCAGUAUGACUGGAACGAUCUCUUCUCCGAACUAUCCAGAAAAAUACUUGGCCCACAUGCACUGUGUCUAUCAAAUCUACGUUUCCUGGUCCAGAGCUGUCAAACUCACUUUCGACGUUUUUGAUUUAGAAGUUACGCCAACAAAAGGUUGCGAAUAUGAUCGUGUUGAGAUCUACACAAGCUAUCACAACGAAACCGUUCAUGGAGACUUGCUCGGAAAGUUCUGUGGAUCUAUGAUACCACCGGCGAUAUUCAGUACAUCUAAUACAAUGGCAGUUGUCUUUGUUUCCGAUCGAUCAGUGGCAGGAGCAGGAUGGAAUGCUAAGUUUGAAGCGAUUUCCAGAAGAACCACAUGUGAUUAUACAAUGACUGCUCCAAGUGGUUCUUUGGUGUUCAAUCCAGAUAUGGGAACCAAGUACGACAAAUGUGAAUACCAUAUUGCUGUUCAUGACAACCGACGAAUUCUUUUGAAAAUGGAGAAUAUGACUUUGCCAUGUGGAAAGAGCAGCCUGUCAUUUAGAAAUGGUCCAACAGAAACAUCUCCUCCAUUCCUUUCGAUUCCUCCAGAAGUUUGCACCCCUCAAGUCAACUACAUGCCGAUGAUCCGAUCAUUCAGCAACCGAGUUACCAUUGUUUUCAAGUCAGUCAACACAGAAGGAUCCUUUUUCAAUCUGACUUAUGAAACCAUCGGAUUCCCUACCCUUCAAAAAACCUUCAAAACAAACUUUUCAGGAUGUGGUGGUCGUGUUGAUGGUCUAUCCGGUGUUGUUUCUGCUCCACAAUAUCCACUUAGUGAUAAGAAGAAUAUGAAGUGUGAGUGGACAGUUGCAGUUGCUCUUGGAAACAAAGUUCGAUUUGCUCUGACUGCUCUCGAUGAUCUAUCUUCUUCGGAUGCUUCCGGAUUCUGCCCUCUUUUUUUUCAACUAGACUUAAUUUUAUAUGUAUCAAUUCUAUUCCAGUUCUUCAACUCUGCACGUCUUGGAAACUUGCAUCUGAAACGAUUCUGUGCUAAAGAAUUGGCAUCAGAGCCAAUUACUUCGGAUGACAAUGAGCUUCUCAUCCGUUACAAUCAAGCUGGUGGUUUUCAAUCCAACAAAAUCUUUGGAUUCUCCGGUCAUUUUACCACUCUCUGUAAAGAUAUCGUUCUUGAUGGCAUUAGCGGAAAUAUUCAGAAUCCUGGGUACCCCUACAAAGUGCACAACAGUCAAUACUGUACUUGGACUAUUCGUGUCCCGAAAGGAAAUCGAAUCAUUGUAACUGUUCAUGAGUUCUCUGUUUCUCAAAAUAGAUUCUAUUCCUAUCAAUCGACACCGUGCAAAUCGGACAUGUUGAAAGUGGAUGAUACGGAUUUGGCAGAAGCUCAAGUUACAUUCCAAAAUACACAGCACAACGUUACCAACUCUAUCAACAAAUUCUGUGAUCGAGCAGUUCCGAGAACGAUAAAAUCAAGACAUAACACAAUGAAAUUGACUUACAACAGUCAAUCGGAUCCGACGAACAAAUUCUGGCUCAGUUGGAGUACUCUUGGAUGUUCGUGGGAUAUUAGCUCUCCACAAUCUUUGAUGAUCACAAGAGAUCAUAUUGACACGGAAGUGGAUGAGUUUGAAUGUCAAAUCAAGAUUCAGGCUCCUGUAGGAAAACAAAUUAACUUGAAUAUCACUAAAUUUGAUUUGCUUCCUGUUGCCACUUCGGAUUGCACCUACAAAACUAAUUCGAAUUUUAAUGGAAUGGCAUUGUUCAUGGGUAGCAGUAACGCUUCUGGAGCGGCUUUUCAAUCGUUCUGUUCACCGAUAAGCCAACAGAUUAUCUCUUCUCAUACCAACGAGCUUUUCAUUCACAUUUCGUUGAACAAGGAUCGUCUGAAGGAUGUUGUAUUGAUGCAUGCUAAAAUUGAUUUCGUGGAUACACCAGCUGAUAAGGAUGCUUGCGGAGGGAUUAUUAACUGUAAGUUUCAUGUAACAAUUCCGCAGGUGUUAAAGAUGGAACGAGGAAGCGAUAGAACAAUUUUGUCUCCUGGAUUCCCUAGUCCAUACCCACUUGGAGUAAAAUGUCGUUGGCUAGUGAAUGCACCACCAGGAUACCAUAUCGAGUAUACAAUUGAAGAGUAUCACACUCCCAACUACCACGAAGAAAGACAGGCCAGAACGAAAUUCAAUCUAGGUAAUUCGAAUGUCACUUGUCAGUGGUAUAUGCCAUACAAUGAUGGAAUGCUUACAUUCUAUGUGGGCAAUGAAACUAAUCAAUCUCCAUUCGAGAAAAUUUGCGACGAGUCGAGUACACCAAAAACAUUCGAGAUGUAUGCCACACGAUCUUUGAUUACUUUCGAAGGAGCAUCCAAUUUGAUGGGUCAGAAAACUGGACAAGCUGUCCGUGACAAGAAUGGAGUGCGAAUUUCAAUCAGAGCACGGUGCGGAGGAGUGGUAUACGCUGAAUCAAAACCACAAGUGAUAUCAAUGUACCAUGACGAAGAGGAAGGAUCUUGUAAUGUAACAAUUAAGAAGAAGGAUCCAGAAGACUCUGAAAUCUACAUCCGAUUAGAGGAGUUCGCGAAGGUCAAUGCUUCUUCUCUGCUCACAAUUGAAGAUAAGAUUGACAUUUAUGUUGGGGGAGUUCUGAAGUACACCGAAAUGCUCGCCGCAGAUACCACCAUGCAAGAAUACGCAGCAGAAGAUGAUAUGAUACUCAGUGUGAAACAUGCGAAUGCUGCACAUUCAGCUGUUAUAGUAGUGAGUACCGAUGAGAGAAACUGUGGUGGAGAAGUGAAACACUCUCAAGGAACCAUUUAUGCUCCAACCAGAAAUCUCGAUAAACCAUUCGAUUGUGCAUGGACUGUCACCAAUAAUGAUGGAAAUACUGUUACUGUCAGUAUACUUGAUCACAACUUGAAAUCUACACCUAAUUGCACGGACUCUUACAUUGAAAUAAGAAAAAAUAACAGUUCUGGACCAUUGCUCAAAAGACAGUGUGAUAUAAGUUCCAUUGACACAACAGAGUUCGAAGCACAAACUCUCUACAUCUUCCUAAGAUACCGCCCGUCUACUUCUGUUAGUGAAGAUGAGGAAACAGAUGUGGAUCAACAAGAUUCUAACUCAAGACCUCUGUUCAAGGCUAGAUAUGAGAAGGUGUCUGGUGGAAGACCAAGUAACCGUUUCGUGUCGAAUCCGAUGAUUGAUGGAGUCGAAACUAUGGUUUGGACGUUAGAUACCGCAGAUGAGAAGGCUGGAAUCCUAGUGAUGUUCCAUGAACUUUACAUUCCGUCACCGAGCUCUUAUUUGAGAUUCACAAUAGCUGGUGAAAAUGACGAUGUGGAAACCGUCGGCUAUCAGGAAGUGACAGGAACAAUGAUGCCAGAAGAGAAAUUCUUCGAGACAAGUGUGAUUCGAGUUUAUGGAAAGCUUGAUAAGAAUGAUAGAUUCUCAUUCUCCUGGUACGCUGUGCCAUUGAAUUCGAGAAAUAUGACAGAAGCGAAAAAAGAGAAAAAAGUCUACGAUUGUGGCGGUGAUAUUAUUGCCUCAUAUGACUGGAACUCUUUCAACAACCCAUUGCCACCUGGUCAAUCAUCUGGGUAUGAAGAGAAUAUGCACUGUCGUUGGAUUAUCAGAAGACCAAUGUUCACUGGAAUUGAGUUGAAAUUUGAUUAUCUAAAUUUGGAAGAUGCUGACAAUUGUAAUUAUGAUUUUGUUUCCUUCCGCCUUCAGUUUGAAGAGUUACCAGAAGAAGAAGGAGAGCCAGACUUCACCGGUGCCAGCAAACAUUGCACACUAGCUCGCUCCAACGGCACAUUCCACUUUUCCGUCAACAAAGCUCUCCAUAUUCAUUUCGUUUCGGAUCGAUCGAGACAUGGAGUCGGAUUCAAACUUAACUAUCGAUUGACUUGCAACGCCUUUGAACACGUUCGCCCUGGUGUAUUCUUCGAACAUACGUUGACAAGUCCAAACUAUAAUUUAACAUACGGGCCAAGAAUCUGGAAUUGUCAAUAUACGUUGAUAAUGGAGACCAACCGAAAAAUUUUUGUUCAAAUUGUGGAUCUUGACAUGGAAGACAGAACUCCAUGUGAUCCUGAUAACUCGCUGGUAUUGGGAAAUCGGUACUCUGAGAUUCAGCCAGCUCUCACCCAGUAUGCAGCAGCUACAAAGUUUUGUGGUCGUUUGGAUCAAGGAGAACCUGCUAACUUCACAAGUGCACGUGGCAGACUAUUCAUCAAGUUCAGUUCUACACCAGCCAGUCGAAGAGGGUUCAAGCUGAUUAUGAAGGAACACAUGACAGAAUGCUCAUCCGGAUUGAUUCAAGUGGAUGAGAACACACCAUCUAGAAUUUUGCAAUCUCCGGAGUUCCCGCAGCGUAUUCCGAAUUCUGUGGAAUGCGAGUAUGUGAUGACCACACCAAACGGACAUCGAAUCAUGCUCACUUUUGAUCCAGACAAUUUUGAUAUGGAUGGAAAUGGAGAGAACUGUAGAGAUCACUAUGUGGAAAUUCGAGAUGGACCAUCUCAAUUCUCGAAUAUGAUUGGAAAGUACUGUGGAAAUAAACCACCAUCUAGUAUCUACUCAACCAACAAUUUCCUUUACAUGAAGCUUCAUACAUCGGAAUAUGGAAGAAGCAAAAAGUUCUUAGCCACAGUCGAACUUGCAACUUGUGGAGGAACAACCAUUGUGCAAGAGAAUGUCACUUCCCAUAUAACAUCUCCAAACUUCCCUGAUCCGUUUACAACACCAGUUCAGUGUCAAUGGAAUGUCAGAAGUCCCAAUACUCAUAUGAUUGAUACUAAAAUGGAUCAUUUGUGGCUCUUCUACAACCAGAACUGCACAAUGGAACAAGUGAUCGUUCGUGAUGGAAAUUCUACAGCAACACCAUUGAUCGGACCUGCUUGUAUCACUAGACAGGUUCCGGAAGGCUACAGUCGAAGUGCUUCAAACCAACUGACCGUUCAAUUUUCAUCCAAUGCGACUGCUUCUAGAGGCAGUCGAAUGUAUUGCAAUCAAAAGAAAUGCGGUUUCGACUUGGCAGUUAAGCUCAGCAAAGAAAAAUGCGGUGGAGUCAUCGAUGGUGUUUCGGGAACACUUACACCUCCUGGAUAUCCAGAUAAACUUCUGCCACAUGUGAAAUGCGUUUGGGAUUUCAAAUCAAAACCAGGCAUGAUUUGGUCUUUCAAAAUUAAUUGGCUAGCGGAGGAACAUUAUCGGAGUACAGGAUUUGUGAGAACACCAAAGAAUAACUGCUUCUUGGAUCUUAUGAUUCUCGAAGGAAUACCUCCAUAUACAGGUGCUCAAAUGAACAAACAUUUCUGUAAAAACAUUACUAGGAUUUAUUCAAGUACCGACAUAUCUCGCAUUACUUACGAUGAUUCCUCUACAAGAGAACAUCUAGCAAUGUAUGGAUUGGAUGAAGGAUCUUCGAAUGAGACGUUCUACGCUCCAUUCACAGUUGAAUAUCUAGCAGUUCCAGCUACAAAGGAGACAAAGGGAUGUACAAUGACAGUUGAUACGAACAGAACAUUAGAGUUCCAUGGUUACGCGAAACUCAAUGGAAAAGGAAUCGGAGUUGAUGGUGUGUUUAACUUUUUUGAGAACGAAUCUCAUCCAAUCUCUUUAAAGAACUUUGUCAUGUAUCAAUUGAGAAACCAAUCAACUACGGAAGUGUUUAUCUCAAAUUGGACAAUUAUAAAGUGGAGGUCAGCUUCCAAAGGGACUUGGGAGUUUGUUUGUCAUGGGGAUCUUAUGUCAAGAUCCAAUGUAACCACCGAACCAGUACCACUCUCAAAAACGGUCUGUGAUAUCACUGCUAUGAAGGAAAAUGUGACGGAAAUGAUUUAUGUGAACCCAACGAUUGAUGUCUUUGUGGCCCAGCUGUUCCGCGAUCAUGACCCUCAAGAGUUCAAUUUGACUAUCGAGUUCCAAAAGUGUGGAGGAGUCAUAACGUCUCCAAAUCGUGGCGAAAUAACAAGUCCUAACUUUGGAACGGGACAGAAAUAUCUGCCAGGAUCGAAGUGUAGAUGGAUUCUAGAAGCUCCAGAAGGACAAAUUGUGAAGGUAAAAAUUGUGGAAAUGAGAAUCAUGUACGAACAUCAUUGUGAAAAGGAUCAUUUGAUUGUUGGAGAAGGACGACAGGCUGAACUGAAUCCUAUCCAUAGAUACUGUCACAAUAUAGAUGGCGAAGCGGAGCAAAAACUGGAAGAUCGAUUCAAAACCAUCAAAACUCAUGGAAGAUACAUGACACUUCAAUGGGUAACUGAUAUGAAAUCUGAGGAAGCCGGAUGGAAAUUGGAAUAUGAGUUUGUGAAUGAAAACGAUGAAUGUGGAUUUCAUGCAAGAGGAAUGUCUGGCCAAAUUCGUUCGCCACAUUUUGGAGAGAAGGAUUACGACAAUGACUUGGAGUGUGUAUGGGAUAUCCAAGUACCAGUGGGAUAUCAUGUCAAUUUGAAGUUCAGAGAUUUCGAUAUAGAAACAUCUGGAAAUUGCGAAAAGGAUCAACUCAUGGUUUCUCAAGAGCACUCCACUCGCGCCAACUCUCCCAAUGGUGAUUAUUACUUCUUGUUCCAAGACGAGGAAAAAGAAAAUCCACUCUGCGGAGUCAUGCAUCCAUUAGACUGGGAUUCGGAAUCCAAUCGUAUCCGUCUCAACUUUACAACGGACUCCUCAACAACAGCAAAAGGAUUUAGAAUCGACUGGGAAGCGAAAUGCGGAACAGUUUAUCGAUUAAAUCAUGGAGUCAUUUCAUCGCCACAUUACCCAGAAGGAUAUCCAAAUGAAGAAGCCAGCUGCACUUAUUUGAUUUCUCCACCAGAUCAAAACUCUGUUAUAGCACUCAAGUUCUCUGAUUUUGAUUUGUCUAGCAUCAAGAGUUUUUUCGGUCGUUCUCCAUGCGAAGAGGACUAUCUUCAAAUCAUCGAAGCUAGCACAGAUCGUGUACUUUACACAAUUUGUGCUGGAAGUGCCGUACCAAGUGAUCCGAUGGUUUUCAAGGGACCAAUUGGUUUGAAGUUUGUGACUAGUAAAUCAUUCCUCUGGUCUUUGGACGAUACGGAGACUGUGAAGAAUAAGAAAAAGACUAGAGGAUUCCAGCUAGCUUAUUCUAUCAGCAAAUGUGGUGACAACAUUGAGCUCCGAGAAGGGACCAGCUACCAUACUGUUGUGACCAGUCCUGCAUUCCCUCUUCCAUAUGCUAAAGAUCUCGAUUGUGUUUGGAAUAUCACAACUGAACCUGAUCGUCAAUUGUACGUUCGAUUUGAGAGGAUGGAUUUGGAAGCGUUUAUGGAUUGUACAGCUGAUUAUGUGGAGAUAUUUGACUCGUCAGAUAUUCAGGCAAACAAAACACUUGGCAAAUUCUGCGGUACCAUGAAACAAGCACCACAAUACCGUAUCAUGUCGACUGGUCCAAAUAUGUUGAUUCACAUGAAAACAGAUUUCAACGUGAAUGCUGGUGGUUUUAGAGUGAUAGUGCAGUCAACACUAGGAGAAAAAGACGGAUGUGGAGGAAGGCUGACAGCUACAGAUAGUUGGCAAACACUUUCAAGUCCUCAAGAUGACGAUGGAAACUAUCCGAACUCUUUGAUGUGUGGAUGGACCAUCAGUGGUCCUGUCGACAGUCAACUUCGAAUUCGAAUCGAUUCAAUUGACACGGAACAGUUGGAGUACCCACCAGGAGUGAAACCGGAUCCAGAAUGCAUUGAUGUAUUAAAUAUUUAUGAUGGUCAGGAAUCUUUCUCUCCGCUAUUGGCAGGAGAUAUCUGUACAUCUGAUAAUCCACCUCCAAAAUCAUUACAAACCUCCCAUAGACAUGCUUUCUUGACAUUUAGCACAGAUAGAGAUGGAGUUGGAAGAGGGUUCAAUAUUUCUUACAAAAUUGAAAAUUCUGAAUGUGGAGGAUGGCUUCAGGCAACUUCUGACAUGAAAACGUUGGUAUAUAAAGGAAUCACCAAAGAAGAGAAUAAAGAAGUUGAUAAGGGACGCUCAUUCCAACGGUGUCGCUUUAUGAUUCGAGGAACAAAGACAGAACCAGUAAUCGUAAACUUCAAACAAUUCAACAUCCCGUCCAAGGCUGAAGACUGUUCCGAUGCAUAUGUGGAGAUACGAGACGUCGGUUCCCUUCAAGAGUGUCAACAUCCAGCUUGUGCCAGAGAACCGAAUCAAAGAAAGAUUACAAAACUCUGUGGUAGCCAUGUUCCAAACGCCCAUGUCUCCAAUACUAACACAAUCCAGAUCAUUGUAUCCGCUGGAAUCGUACCUACUGCUAACCACUCACGAUCAAUGUUCAAGUUUGAGUAUAACCUAUUGGAUAACUGCAAUAGAACAAUUGAUACAAAUACUAUCAAAUCUGGAAGGCUCACGAGCCCCAAUUAUCCGCAGCCUUAUUCGGAGAAUUCCACAUGUUUCACCAAACUGCAACCUUCAAAUCAGAAAAUGCUUAUGGUUUUCCAUGAGCUUGUAUUAGAAGAACCUAACACUGCAACCAAUUUAUGUGAAUACGAUCAUCUUCUGUUCCGAGAAGAAGGAACAAACGGAACAAAAUACUGUGGAACGAGUCUCCCUGCAACGUUCGUAUCAUCUGGAAAGGAUGUGACAAUGGAAUUCAAAUCAGAUCAUUCUUUGAAUCAUGGUGGAUACGAUAUGUCCUACUAUACUGUUGUCUCACAAAGGGACAACUUCAUUCAGUUUGCUGAUUCUUAUGAGCUAGACGGAAUUAUUUCUAGUAUUGGAUAUCCGAAUGGUUACAAUAAAUCAAUUUCACAAGUGUUUACUCUCCGUCCUCCGAACAGCCACGAUUGCUCUAUUAUCUUUUCUGAUGUGAAUGUCGGAUUGGUAAAACCAAAAGAAGAAUGCAGACAGCUAGCUGAGGAAUAUAUAGAGAUUGAAGUCAUGUACAAGGGAGAGAAAAGAUCGGCAAACAUCAGGGAUUGCACAUUCUCAAACAGAAACCCCCGUGAACUGAUUCUAUCAGCUGAUAGCACUGAUAGAUAUGUUAAAUUAACGUUCCGCUCAGAUUCAAAGUCAGAAAACGAUGGACGUGGCUUCAAAAUAAGAUGGGCCUGUCACAACAUCGGAAGGACCGAAGCAGUUCUGUCCAAUUAA